AUGUCCUUGGCAUCCUCCAAUCUCUGGUUCACCGUCCGUGAACAAAUGUACUGCCCCUGUCCUUGCGACUUCUUCCAGCUAUCCUCCUAUCUCUACUGCCUUUCCAAUCUAUUCAUGCUAUCCGCACGCCUACUAGCUCUCAGUGCAUUUGCUGCGUCGGUCGGACCCAUGCCCUUGGUGUAUGUUUUGCUAGCCAAUGCUUGCAUCGCUGGGUUAACGGAACUUUUCAUAUGCUGUGGCAACGCAGAGCGGUCCAACCCUUCAAAGGCGAACAUUAUGACACGGAUAGUGGAAUGUUUAGGCCUGGUGUUUGAUGUUCCCUUUACCAUCACUUUCAUGAUGGGUCACGCGGGAAUUGGUUGUUACUGCUUCUGGACUCUUGAAACCCUUGCUCUGGAUGUAUUCGCCUAUUGUUGGAUUAGAAACCAGCAAAAUUCCAUUGCCGCAAACAAAAUCUCCAAUAGGCUGCAGUCCAAUGCUUGUCUCCAAACUGCCCUUUUUGUCAUUAUCAUUGUCUUUACCGCCGACCAGGACUUCUGCGAUUUUGAUAAGGUGCUUCAAUCGUACGACUACUUUGAGAAGGAUUUUUGGGCACUAUAUGCGUGCUUAGAAAAGCUCGACGCCUUUGCGGCAAACAUAUUCCUGGGUCAUGAAAACUGGGUAUGA